AUGUCUUCAAAUUCCCGGAUCAUCCAUUUCGGGUUUGUCGACCACGAAGAAUAUGAAGAAAAGGGGAAAAGGAAACAUAGAGCCUCCUGCAAGUUUUGCAAGGGAAAGGCUCCAAAACUCAGCGAGUUCUGUGGCACGACAUCGAAUUUUACAAGGCACCUUCAACGUGUUCACAAAGCAAAGUGGGAGGAAUAUUUGAAGGGAAAAACAACAAUCAACAGCUCUCAGCAGGAUCUCAAGGGAUUUUUUCAUCCCACUGCUGGAUCUUCAACUGAUGGAGAGGCUGUGCCAAUGAAGUAUAAGCAGACUAGUCAACGGCAGAAGCUGAUCUCCGCAGAAAUAGUGAAGUUCAUAGUAGGAUCCAGCCUUCCACUGUCCAUUGUUGAGGACAAACAUUUCAGGAGCCUUUUGCAAGUUUUGGAUCCAAGGUAUCAGCCCAUGGCCAGAUCAACGUUGACAAGUAAGGCACUUCCCCAGUUGAGAGCUGAAGGUAACAAGAAAGUCAUGGACUUGCUAUCCCAACACAACAGUAUCUCUCUGACAACUGACAUCUGGACUGAUAGGACCAUGCACAGCUACUUGGGUGUAACAGCACACAUCAUGGGAACAAACCCCAAAACUAGGAGCUAUGGGUUGUUAUCUGUUCUUCUGGUCUGCCAGCACUUCCGUGGGAGGCACACAGGGGAAAGAAUCGCUCAGGCCUUUGACAGCAUUGUUGAAGACUACAAUAUAGGAGCAAAGCUUGGUUAA